CACCCUCUGUCUUCCUCUUCUACAAUCCGUGAUUCGUGAGGGCUCGAGUACUACAUAAGAAAGCUACGGCUCGCUUUCUGAAGCAGCCGCCGAUAACUCUCGUCCCCUCAGAGCCAAUGGUUCCUGCGAUCAGCUCGGAAUGCUCCAGCGCACUGCUGGCUAGACACAUGCCACAGAAUCCUCCGAUCCAUUCAUUCUUACCCCUCUCUUUGUUUCUCCUGCAGCAUGUUCUUCAGGGGAUUUUAAACCAUAUGGACCUCUCACUAAUUGCCUUGACAGCAUUAGCAAAGUAUGCCUGUUGUUUCCCUCUCGGGGUACAGAUGGCAGAUGUUGUCCAUUUUCUGGCUCUCAGCCACAUACCCUACUACACAUACACUGGCCCUUAUUCCUACCGUCUAUACGCACGAAUCCAUGAGGUCCUGCCAGGUGGUCGAGGUCAGCAGCACACCAUUGCAAUGCCAGUGUCACCUAUGAACUGCGAGUCGGUCGUCGUCUUUAACUCCCCAGACCUGCAUCGGAUGGCCAGUCCUGAAGGAGGCGUCGGAGCAAGCUCGUCUGAUGCAUGUAGAUGGUUGCAAAUAGGCCUUUGCUGCGGCUAUGGGCCGUCGGUGCAACAAUUCGGGUUUGUAAAGGUCGGGCGUUCAGUAUGUAGGGCCCCAAGCAGUGAUACCUAUUAUUCUAAAUUCACCUUGCCGUUGCUUCUUUUCCCUCAGUUGGUUGUCUCUGCUGCGUGCCUGGUGUCGGUACUUAAGACAAACUUUGCGUUUCCUGGUGGAUGUUCCUUGCUAUAAAGGAAGUGAUCAACUGCUGUUGAUUGCUUACCAUGAUUAUUCAGCGGAAUAUGACUGCCUGGGUGAAAUGAAUGCCAGCCCUACGACAGUGGAGACCGGUGGCUCUUGGUGCAAUCAAAAUAAUAAGUAAUUCAGCGGCCAAGGAAGGACAAGAAAAGCGACACGGGACGAGGGGAUGGAACCCAA